GAAUUGUUUACAUUCGGGAAGAUGGCGGGUAUUUACACUUGUGAUAAAAGCUCAUCAGAUUCUGAUUCAAACUUGUACACAUCGUGUCAUGGUUAUCAAACAAAAAGAAAGAACAAACAAUGUAUCAUGGAUAUGGUUUCUCACUGGACUAAGAAUACCGCGGAACACUUAGGUCUGUUUUAUAACGAGGAACCAACACCACUGGACGAAUUUAAAAUUAUGUUGUCCAGCAGUGGUCUCAAAUUUGUAAGUGGAACACCUGCUAAGUUAACACUUCCAUUUAAAGAUGAAUCAAAACAUCUUCUGGACACGCUAAUCGACUUAACGAAAAAUUGUGUUAAUGUGUCAUUCAGUAUUGAUGAAAAUAAACCAGAUUUUUUUAAAGGAACAGUAAAAAAGGAGAUGUCAGCUGCCAGAAGAACAUUGUGGGAAAGGAGAGUGACAAUUGACGCUGAACAUCAAGAUGACGAUGGCUAUACAGGAGAAUUAGUUCCCAAAGAAAGUGGUUUAUCAAGAUUUCAAUUGCAGACAUGUUAUUACCAUACAUAUGACUUCCUGAAGACUUAUCUGCACUUCCUUGAAAAUGGAUCUGACAAUAAGGGGUGGAAUAAAUCAGAUUUUACAACUCUGCUGUCACAGUUCAUCACUAUUUUUAUGCUUUCACCACAACCUGGGAAAUCUAACAAGAGAAAUCAAGUUCUGGGAGGAGUUCCCACAACAAGUAUCCCAGAGCUUCGUAUUGUUUCUUAUGAACAAUUUCCCUUAACUCUUGGAGUCAUCACAGUCAUAGAGGAGAAGCUGAAUAUGCCAUGCGAUAUGGAUUUGUACAGUACAGAGGACAUUCCAGCUAAUGCUGUUGGGCAGCAUGCUGGUGAGAUGUUGCUUGAAUAUGAAUACUCAGUGUUUGAGGAAGCAGUCUUUGGGAUUCUUUGCUUUAGGACAAAGUUGAUUUUUACAUUCCUUAAAAUGAGUGAUGGGCAUUUCCAUUCGAUUUUGAACCAUAAAGAUCAUAGUGAUAUAUGUGCGAGCAGUACCAUAUACCAUACUAAACCAUACGACUAUCUAAUAAAGGAGCAGAGAGAUGCAAUUCUUCAAAUGUUGUUUUGGCUGGGUUUACAAACAUCUAUCAAAUGAUUUAGAUUAUUUAAAAUUAAAAAAAAUGAACCAAAAA